GUGUUUGUGGAGAGCCCUCGGAAGCAACCUCGGAAUUAGGAAAAGAGAGAGGAGAGCACAAAAGAAUAAAAAAUAAAAAAAAAACAAAGGAAUGGCCAAGUGUGGAGUCAUUGCCUUAAGCUUUGUGUGCAUCUUCUCCCUCAUUAUUAGCUUUGUUUAUUGUGGUGAAGAUCGCUUCUUUGUGGAGGGGAAGGUUUAUUGCGACACUUGCCGAGCUCAAUUCGUUACUCGAGUCAGCGAAUACAUGAAGGGUGCACAGGUGAAGUUGGAGUGCAGAAACUUGGAGAGCGAGAGCCUAACGUACAGCAACCACGCCACGACAGACGAGACGGGAACAUACCGGCUGCUGGUGGACGGCGACCAUGAAGAAGAAGCUUGCGAGGUGUCGCUGGUUAAGAGCUCGAGAGCAGACUGCGACGAGAUGGAUAAGGGAGCGUUUGCAAAACCAAGUGCCAUGGUGGGAUUGACCCAAAACAAUGGACUGUCGAAGCCGGUCCGAGAGGCCAGCCCUCUGGGGUUCCUGAAGAAGACCCCUCUUCCAGAAUGUUCCGAGGUUCUCCGAGAACUUGGCUUCACACGCAAUGGCAAACUCGCCGAUUAAAUUGCUCUCCCGUUUACCCUUUCUCCACACCUCUUUCUACUUAAUUCUCACUUAUAAAUAAUCAUCUGGAAAAUACUUGGCUCCUGAAAAGAUAAUCUUAUUCUUGCAACUCAGAGAAAAGAGCAAUGAAAAAUACAAAUUAAUUUGAAAAAA